UCACCAGACAGACAGGCUGGAGUCGUCAGAUGAAAACAGACUGUUGCGCAGAGGAAAGGAUGCUGCUGAUGGGGGAAAACACACACACACACACACGUAUUAGCGACAUUAUUAUUAUUAUUUGAUUAGUGACAAGGUUUAGGGUUAUAGCAGCGCUCACAGUUAGCUUUUGUUUGCUUUAGCUAGCUAACGGAUCCGUUAAAAACAAAGCCUGGUGUGUGACGUCACGGCAAACCUCCUAACGGACUUUUUUUUCUCUCUCUCUGAGCGGACAGGAAGGAGCGCUCGAGCCGACCGCCUUGAUCCCGCCCUCUGCUUUCCGCUCGAGCGCCUGACGUCACGGCAGGACCCUCACGCGCCUUGCGCUUGUAAACAGAUCCUCCCACGUGACCGAGUGAGCAGCGCGCGAGCCCAGUCGACUCCCGCAUUGUCCUCUCCGCCUGCGGGACAACACAAAAGGCAAGAAGGGGAGGGAAAAAAAACCCAAAAACUAAACAAACAAACAAAGGCGAGAGUCUUACAAAAAACAAACAGGUACUUGAGAGAACAGGUGGAGAGGAAAGGAGGAGAAGAGAAGAAAGGAUGAGGAUGAAGAGAGACGGGCUUCAGCUUCGUACGGGCCGGAAUCAGAAGUGUGCGCGAGAUGUUUAUUUUAAUCCACGACUGUUGUGUAGUUUAGAGUUUGACGGUUUUCUUUAAAUUGACCUGACGUAAUAACGGAUGCGCUUCACCACGACGUCGUCAUCGAGCUGACAUCCGAAAUCAAUUCGUUAUUUAUUUGUUUUUCUUUAUUUAAAAAAAAAAAAAACAACCCGGGGUUUGUAUUGUUGUUAUUAGCCGCGGUUAGCUAACCGUCCGAUGUCAUUCACAAUGGAGGAGUCUUUGGAGUCCGGUUGGGUUUCAGUUAGGCCGAACGUCUUCGAGGAAAAAGAGAAGCACAAAUUCGUCUUCAUCGUGGCCUGGAACGACAUCGAGGGCAAGUUCGCGGUCACCUGCCACGACCGGACGGUGCAGAAGCGCAGCGCGGGGGCUCGGGACUCGGUGGCCGAGGUGGCGGAGGGAGGCGGCACGCUGCUUCAGGACAAACGUCCCGUGGCGUCGAAGAGCUCGAGAGAGAAAUCCACAGAUAAAUCCAACAAGCAUGCGCGAAGCCCGAGCAAAACUGCCGCGCUCGCUGACAUCGAAGUUCUCGAGCCCGCGUCCGUCGCCGACACCGACACCGACGCGCGUUCUCAGGACGACGCGGACGCCGGCGUCCCCGUCAUCGUCGACUCGAGCUGGGCCGGCCUGUUCUCCUUCCAGGACCUGCGUGCGGCUCACGCGCAGCUCUGCGCGGUCAACUCGGACCUCGAGCCGUGCCUGCCGCCGUUCCCCGAGCACGAGCAUCAGUCGGCCAUGUGGUCGGUGCUGUUCGGCGUCGCGGAGGUCACGCGGCGCGACACGGAGGCGCUCUGCUACCAGCUGCAGGUGUACCUGGGCCACGCGCUGGACACGUGCGGCUGGAAGAUCCUCUCCCAGGUGCUGUUCGCGGACGGGGACGAUUCUGAGGAGUACUACGAGAGCCUGAGCGAGCUGCGGCAAAAGGGCUACGAGGAUGCUCUGCAGCGGCAAAAGAAGCGCCUUCACGAGCUGUUGGAGAAGCAGCGAGGCAUGGAAAGCAUGGUGGAGCUGCUGCAGUUGUACUCGGAGCAGGACGAGGCGUACGGCGAUCUGGUGGAGGCCACCACUGAACUCUACCACUACCUGCUGCAGCCCUUCAGAGACAUGCGAGAGCUCGCCAUGCUGCGCCGACAGCAAAUAAAGAUCUCCCUGGAGACGGAGUAUCUGGGUCCACGCCGGAUCGAGGCACUCAGACGGGAGGAUGAGGACUGGCAGAGGAAGGCCCACACUGCAGUGCUGUCUAUCCAGGACCUCACUGUGAAGUACUUUGAGACCACGGCACGGGCACAGAAAGUGAUGUCCGAGCGCAUGCGAGCCGACCAGAGGAAGUUCGGGAAGGCGGCGUGGGGUGCAGCAGUGGAGCGCAUGGAGAAACUGCAGUAUGCUGUUUCCAAGGAGACGCUGCAACUGAUGCGCGCCAAAGAGAUCUGCCUGGAACAGAGGAAGCAUGGGCUGAGAGAGGAGAUGCAGGGGCUACAGGAUGGCGAGGACGCGAUGGCGCGCCUGGACCAGUUAGAGGCGCUGUACUACGAGUUGCAGCUGCAGCUCUAUGAGAUCCAAUUCGAGAUCCUGAAGUACGAGGAGUUGCUGCUGACUGCGCAGCUGCAGAGCCUGCGCAGACAGAUGACAGAGCGGCAGGACGAGGUGGUUUACUACGACACGUACGAAAGUCCUGACGCCCUGCAGGCCACUGACGACACGUCUCUCGCUCUUGCUCCUCUGCGAGACGAGGUCACCCAGCUGCAGCAGAGGACGCGGCAGCUAGAGGCCAGGAGGGGUCGCAUCACUGCCAAGAAAGCCUACCUCAAAACCAAAAAGGAAAUCUGCAUCGUCAAUCACACCCAGAAAGUGCAGCAGCGCCAGAGCAGCCAGGACCACGACUCCCAGCAUGCUUUGCGGCAGCAGGAUGAAGAAGAAGAAGAGGAGGUGAGGAACACACGAGUUAGCCAAGAGAGACAGAAGACGCUGGACAGACUGCGCAGCUUUAAACAGCGGUACCCAGGCCAGGUCACGCUGAAGUCCGCACGCCUUCGGCUAGCGCACGCCAGAAAGAAAAACGGCGCCGGGCAGACGACUUCGAAAGAGGGCCAGCCCCAGACGCAGGUGGCGAGCGUGCAGACGGACGACGCCCCGGCUUCUCUGAAAGACUCCGCUGCUGUCCUGGAGCUCCAGAGACCCGAAGGAUUCACGUCUUUACCCUCAAACAUCCCGCCCAUCCCAGAAAUGCUCGGGCCGUCCUCGCUGCCCACGCUCACCGAGCGGAACGUUCUGGACUCAUCCACUUCUCCGAUCUCUCCCCCUCCCCCACCUCCUCCUCCUCCACCUCCUCCUCCCUCUCUGGAGGACACGCCCGGGCUGGGACAAGGGCAAGGACAGGGACACGCGAGCAGCCCGGUGUCUCAACCCAAAGCAGAAAGUCCCCUCGGCCCGUUCUCCGCUCGCUUCUUCGACAGCAGUCAGCUGGUGAACGCGCGCAAAAAGUUAAGGAAGACGUCCUCUCUGGAGUCGUCCCAGUGGAGGAGAGCGUCCUCUCCUAUGGACGAAGUCCUGGCCAGCCUGAAGCGCGGGAGUUUCCACCUUCGCAAAGCUGAACUGCGCGUUCUCGCUCCAGAUCCGGACCAGGACGACGGGAACAACAUCCUGGCACAGAUCCGACGCGGCGUGAAGCUCAGGAAGGUGCGGCGUCACGAGCAGCAGCGCUGUCUAGAAUCCAGCGACCCGCUCACACGCAGCAUCCACGAAGCCCUGCGCCGCAUCAAAGAGGCUUCACCCGAGUCCGAGUCUGAGGACGAGGGGCUGCCGUGCACCGACUGGGAGAGCUAGAUCACUCAGCUUACACUCACACACACACACACACACACACACACACAAACACACACACACACAUGAAUACAUACAUACUUACAUACACACACACACACACACACACACACACACACACACACUUUAGUGACCAGUGUAUAUAUUCAUAUAUGCACACAUCAGGCACAUUUAAGAUCGUGAAAUUAUAUCGCAGCACUGCUCGGGCUAAUCAUGGCCGUCAGGUUUAUGAAGGAAAAGCAUUGAUUAUGUUGUUUUGUAGCCGUGUACCUUGGACACGGGCCUUGUUACAAACCGCUAAGUCAGGCUCAGACCUCUGACCACACACCCACUGGGCUUAAAAAGCACAAAAUUCAUAUGUGCCGUCUCUCUCUCUCUCUCUCUCUCUCUCUCUCUGUUUGUUUCUCUCAGCUUCUGAUCUAUCAUCCAGUCCAGUCGUGGGUUUUAGCCACUGUUUAUAUUUUUAUCAUGUUUUUUUUUCUCUUGUGGCGUCAGUAGACAAUACCACACUUCUCCUUGAAACAAACCAGUUCAUUCAAAUCAACAACUCAUUUAUCAAUUCAGAAAUGAAGUACAAUCAUUCCACGGGUUUGGCUUUGAACGAUAUCAGACCCAUCGAAGUCGGUUCAAAUACGUUCUCGUGAUUAAAAUUCCUGACAUUUAUAUUCCUGAAGCGAGCCGUGUAACCGCAGCAGCUCUGAAACCCGCGUUUAAGGUUUUUAUGUGUUAUUUUUUUUCUGAUUUUCCAUUUUGGACGAUGUUGCAUUCCGUGGCUUUGCCUGGUUGAGAAGGUUGCAGGAGGAAAGAUUACAGCCGCGUUCAUUUUAUUUGAGUUUUUUUUUUUUUUUUUCUUCAAAUUUCAUUGUGUUUAUUUACUGUCCUUUUCUCCAGGUUUUUGCUUGGUCAUAGUUGGAGAAAAACACCGUACGUAUGUGUAGUGAUGCACUGAUGCCACCUACAGCCAACAUCUUUUAUCUACACCUCUCACAAGUGCCGCUGUUUCAUUGUUUUAACUUCAUUUUUUUUUCCAUUUUUUUUUUUUGGUGUGUGUGUGUGUGUUUCUUUACUCAUAUAUAGUAUUUCCUUUUAGAUUGGUGUAGGUUUAUUUUGUUUGUUUUUCAUGUAUUCAUACUCGUUCACCAAGUUCAUUUCAUUUAUUGCCCAAAUCUAUAAUGUUUGUGUGUGAGUGUGUAUGCGUGUAUCUUUUUUUCUUUUUUCUUUUUUUUACAUUAAUUAUGAAUAUUCCGUCUGUGAACACAAGCACAGCGCAUUGACGGACAUUUGUGUUUUCAUUCACGGUCGUUUUCGUUCACGGUCCACUUGUGACCUUUUCUGUUUUUUUGGGAAUGCUGACCUACUUGAGGCAGAAAGAAAGAUUUAUAAUUGGUUUUGUGCAACCAGUGACAUAAAGAGAUUAGAGAGAACUCGAGACAUCGUCUUUCACUAGCUACAAUAGUUCUCCAAAACAUUUAAAGGGGCAGUUUGUCAUUUUUACAGUCCUCUGCUGCCUGCUAGUGGAAUUGCAAUUGCAAUUAAGCAAACUAACAAGCUUUCAUCUACUCUCUAACAAGCCCCGACCCCUGUUUCAUGAGCUGCCCCCUGGAAAUUAACUCAUUUCCAGGCCAGAAAAACUGAAGCCUGACCAAAAGAAGCUAGCAAGUUCCAUUCUGUUUCUGUGAUCUUUAUAAAAUUAGACUGUUAUUCCAGGUUCAGAAACACAUUCCAUGCUGCAAUUAAACAAUGCACAAGGCUGAUUAGUGUUUACGCGUUUACUGGAUAUAAACAUAAGUGUUUAUUGCAAAUUAUUAUGCAUAAACCAUGUCUUAUACAUCGCAAGCAUAUCAUCACAUUAAGUAGCUUGUAGAUAACGUUCUUAACUAUAUUUGGCUACUUUUAUAAAUAACGUGUUUAGUGAUGAAAUGGAUCGGGAUCAUUGUAUUGUUUAACAUUCUGAAGAGCUGUUGUAGCUAAGAAUGCCUUGGUUGCACUGAAAUAAUUAUAAUUCUUUUCUCCCUCGUGAAGAGAUUUGGAUUAUGGUGCGUUCACAUCAUGUCAGAAUUAUAGAAAUUUCGAGUGCCUUAGGCACAUCAUCAAACAAGGUUCCCCGGUAUAACUGACGUUAUUUAACGCUUUUGCUAACAUGAACAAACCGUGAGCGGCAGCAUUAAUACGCCUUACGUAAUGUUAACUAAUUAACAUAACUAACACGUAACUUUAUAAUAAUAAUAAUAAUGUAAAUAAUCCACCUGGAUUAACCAAUGUUCUCCAUCAGUAAGUAAAAUUAUAUAUUUUUUUAAUUGCUAGUAAAUUAUCAACUAAAUUUAUUUUGUAACAUUUCAUUUUUGCUGUAUUCUUUAGGAGUAGUACUUUAACAUUUAAACAGUUUUCAGUUAACAUCUGUGUUAACUUGUCACUUGUUAGCAUCACUUUUGGCUCAGGUUAAUGCUAGGUUUAUCAUUUGUUAAUGUUAAUUAAUGCGUCAAAUAAUGCAAGUUAAGGGAACUUUAAUGUAAAAAGCAUUACCUUCGUAACCAAUUACGAGUUAUAAAUAUAUAGAGAGAUAUAACGUCUGGAUUUAACCAAACUUUCCGUAAAAGUCAACUGAAGAAAUAUUUUUUUUGGCAUUGUAUACAUUGUUAUAAAAUUACCGUUUAUCUAGCUUGUAGUUUAUCUCCUGUGGACGUGUAGUGACUGUUAGUUUUGUCGUUUGUGAGUGUCGACUAUCCAGCUUUUUUUAUUUUUAUUUUUUAAGUUCCACUGAUAAAUGGUAUUAGCUAGCUAGCUAACUCGCUAAGCACAAAUUAAAUCAGCGUGAAAAUUGGUUGUUUGAUUUACACGUUACGUGCUAAGCUUUGUUGACAGAUUUGCACAGCAAGCUAACCUUACUAGCUACGUCCACUCAACAGAAACGCUAGCGAUCUCCGUGACUUUCUUUCCGAGAUUUAUUUUUCUUCGUAAUGUAACGAGAGGUCGGAUAAGACAGGAUGAGAUGAAACCACCGUUUCUACUUUUUUCUUCUAUUUUUAAGUGUUGAACUAAUCGCAGGAAAGGAACUGAAGUUGUGAGUGGGGAACUGAAGGAAAAUCGGACCACACACGGCAUGCGUUUCGUCCGAGGAAUUAUUUGAGCCGAUCGUUUUGAUUUGUAGCUUUGCUGUCAUACUUAAUACAUGUAGAAUUAGCCAUAUGUCAUGCUGUAACUUUGUCGCUCGCCGGUGUAGCAGAAAUCGCGUCUCCAAGUAAGAAAUGACUGACAGCCGUUGCACGCUUCGUGGAGUGCUGGUGUGAACACAGGGUUACUGUGAGUUACCAUCAUUCUGACAUAAUGCAAACGCACUAUAAUCCCUAAAACCUCUCAGCAAAUUUGUUCCCUCAUGAAAUAAUGGAUCUCAUAAUCUCAAAGCCAUUCUGCCAAGUUUCACUUAUUUCAAAUCCAUCGACUUGCUGCUCAGUAUAAAAUGCUCUGUCUGUGAUGUAGUAGGAAGUUAUUUCCAUGACUUCGUUUUUAUAAAAUGAUGUCCAGCAUCCACACCUCCUCAGCUGUCCUGUGGCGAUUCCAAGUUUACGAUCGGAGAUUUUAUCCAGCCGUCUGUUACGGUGCUGCCUAAGGCGAAAUGUGGCCCAACACCACAUGCGAUCAGCCACUCUGAGAAGCUAGUAUUCUACUAAGAGAACAGGACCAUGAUGCAUUGCUUACCGUGUAACUGUGUUGAAGGAAUGCACCCCCGCGAGCUGAUCCGAGGUCAGUCGAUGUGUUUUUUUUCUUUUUGUUUUUUUAAACCCACGCUGCACUGGGAUCAGCUCGGCCUUGCUGUAGUUGUGGGAGUGAGAGGAUCCACUGUCACUCUCCGGGCUGCACUUUUAUUUAAACACGUUUCCAUCAUGUGUACUGUAUUUAGUCUUUUUAUUUUAUUUUAUUUUUUAAAAAUCCAUUAAAUACAUAUUCCACUUCUUUUAAUCAUGUUAUUUGUGGUAUACAUUCUAUGCAUUGCUAUCUUAUGUCUUUAUAACAUAUCCCUAAAAAAAAAAAGUAUACUUCUGGUCAUUUGUAAUGCAACACUACAGUUUUGAUCCCUCGACCUCAACAAAUACAAACCCAGAUAUCUAUACGUGACUGACGCAGUCACUAGAAAUGUGCAAUAUUAUAGCAGAAACUGAAAAAUGCAUAUUUUUCAUGUGUAUUAUGUAAUGAAACAGGAAAUCCAAAAAAAUUACAGCUGCAUGGUUGCUUAAAGUACAUGUAUUUAUUGAGCUUAAUAUUUAAAAAUGUAUAACAGUAAAGUAAAUGUAAAAAGAUUUUUUAAAUCGUUUUUUUUUUUUUUUUUUUUCAUUUUGCAUUUACUUUAUUUUUUCCCGCCCCGUCCAUUUUAUUCCUAAUACAUGUUUGGUAAUUAAAUUGCAUUUUCUCCCCGUUAAAUGAAUAAAGACAGGUAGUAAAUGA